CUACAUUUCUUUGGUGAAAAUAACCCAAAUCAGUAUUUAUUUAGUCUGUAGGAAAGUUAGAGUUCAAAAACUAUGGGAUAUAUCUGAAAAUUGACCAAUCCUUAAGUACUGAUGGCCCAUCUAAUUUCUUGAAGCCCAAAAAUGUCAGAACAGUACAGAUAUCCCCCAAAUGACCCCUUUUUGCAAAGUAGACAGUCCAACGUAUUUCAUCAGAGGCAUGGCAAGUUUUUGAAGUUGCAAUUUUGUCAUAAUUUUUCGGAAAAAUUAUUUGUUUAACUUUUUUUUAUUAUUAU